AUGUCUAAGAUUACUACAUCCGGAGUCCGUGAGCACGUUCAAGAGCUUCUCAAGAACGCUCUCGAGACCAAGAAGAGAAACUUCUUGGAGACCGUCGAGUUGCAAGUUGGUUUGAAGAACUACGACCCCCAGAGAGACAAGCGUUUCUCUGGUUCCUUGAAGCUUCCUCAAGUCCCAAGACCAAACAUGACCAUCUGUAUCUUUGGUGAUGCUUUCGAUGUCGACAGAGCUAAGUCCCUUGGUAUUGACGCCAUGUCCGUCGAUGACUUGAAGAAGUUGAACAAGAACAAGAAGUUGAUCAAGAAGUUGGCCAAGAAGUACAACGCCUUUGUCGCUUCCGAUGUCUUGAUCAAGCAAGUUCCAAGACUUUUGGGUCCUCAACUGUCGAAGGCUGGUAAGUUCCCAACCCCAGUCUCCCACAACGAUGACUUGUACUCCAAGGUUACCGACGUCAAGUCCACCAUCAAGUUCCAAUUGAAGAAGGUUCUUUGUUUGGCUGUUGCCGUCGGUCACGUUGACAUGACCGAGGAUGUCUUGACCAACCAGAUCAUGAUGGCUGCUAACUUCUUGGUCUCUUUGUUGAAGAAGAACUGGCAAAACGUCGGAUCUUUGGUCAUCAAGUCCACCAUGGGUCCAGCCUACAGACUCUACUAA